CCGUCGAAUUUUAACGGUCGCGGAAAGGGGGUCUACUUUCAAAAACUCGAACGAACGCAUAUACAUACGUUCGUUCAUACGAACUGAUCACUAAUCGAGUUGUACGCGUCAAUUUUCUCGAGUUAUGCGCGCUAUCGUUGAUCACGAGUAGAUCGCCAAGUGACAUGUCAAUUAUAGUGUAAAAGUUUACGGACGAAACGACAUAAUAAGCGUCACAAAAUGAAUUCGCUGUCGCUUUUAGCGACCUACGACGAAUUGGUGAGAUGUUCGAAUGUCCUCAUAAAUGGAUCCUGCGAGGAAGAAUUCCUGCAAUUUGCUUUAAACCAAGAGGAGAUGAGACAAAAAUGGUUGAUGUCAGAACAAGAAUGCCAACGGCUUCAUUCAGCUUUGGACAAGGCUCAACAUGAGAUUGCAGGAUUAGAUAGGAAACUACGUCAUGCUAGAAGAAACUUGGAGGAGGAGAAUCGCAGACGUCGUGUCGCUGAGGAGCAGAAAGAUUUAUUGGAGAAACAAAUUGCUACCGCCAGAAAUUUCUUGUUUACCGAUGGAGGUAGAAAUCUAAAUGAUGAAACUAGAGAAAAACUGCAGUUUCUUAAUAAUACUUCUUUGAAUCAACAACAAAGUAACAUGCAUAUUCAAGAUAUUCACAUUGAUAAACUUAACCCAAUAGCCGAAUUGGAUUCUACAGGCUCAAUAUUAAGCGAUCUUAACUGUCUAUCAAAAUCCGAAGAUGACUUAGAGAUCAGCACUAUUUUACAAAAUCAUAAAAGUGGAAAGCGACAGUGGAAGGAGCAUCGUCCCAGCAGUGAACAUCCUAAAAAACGUCGUAGCUCAUUGCACAAAAUUACAGAAUUAAAUUCUUCUGAUAGAAUAGUAGCCACUACUACCGUAGUUAUGCCGAAAGAUGGUGCAAUUACUGCAUCAUCUACAAUUGAGGCUAUACCUGGUGAUGAAAAUGCAGAUCCUCAGGUUCCUUCGCAAAAUACGCGCAAACGUCGUAAAAGUAGUGCAGAACAUAACAAAUCAAAAUUGUCACACAUAAAUCUAAAUGAAGAACCAAUAGAUAUAGCACCAUCAGCACCAAAGGCUGAAAUUCUUACAUCAACUUCAGAUACUGAAGAUGCUUUUAAACCAAGUCCAAACAUUGGUGGAUAUACUAUGAAUACAAAAAUAUCUAGGAAUCACAGUUUUGCAGCCAAAACUAUCAUGAAGUCGGAAAUGUGCACAUCUUGUGGUAAAAGAAUUCGAUUUGGAAAGGUUGUUCAAAAGUGCAGAGAUUGCAGAGCUACAGCUCAUACUGAAUGCAAAGAUUUAGUGCCACUACCAUGCGUACCAACAGGAAAUACGCCUACGUUACGUGGUAUGCCCGGUACUAUAGCUGAUUAUACACCCGAAACACCACCUAUGGUGCCUUCCAUAGUAGUUCAUUGUAUUAACGAAGUUGAAUUACGUGGAAUGAACGAACAAGGUUUAUACAGAGUAAACGGAGCAACUGCAGACACUAAAAGUCUUAAGGAUAAAUUUCUAAAGGGCAAAGGUGCUCCAAAUCUUUCUAACGUUGACAUCGCAACUAUCUGUUCUACACUGAAAGAUUUUCUCAGAUCUUUACGUGAGCCGCUAAUCACUGUCGCUUUGAUGGGAGACUUUGUGCGUGCGACAACGUUAACGGAUAAACAAUAUGCCGAUGCCGCUCUUUAUCAAGCAAUUUCGGAUUUGCCGCAACCGAAUCGAGAUACUUUAGCCUUCCUGAUGUUACAUUUACAGAGAGUAUCGAGUAGUCCCGAAUGUAAAAUGCCUAUUAGUAAUCUCGCCAAGGUUUUUGGACCGACUUUAGUUGGUUACACUUCUAAGGAACCAUCUCUCACUAUGCUCAGUGAAACCAAACAUCAAGUUGCAGUGGUAGAAAAUCUGCUUCAAAUUCCAUCCGAUUAUUGGGCUCAUUAUGUGAAUCCGGCGAAUUCGAAUGAUAUUUGUACUCCAAAAAUGGGCGAAUUAAAACAUACACCUUCAACAGAAUCGCUCUUCAAGCGCAGUAUCUCCCGCGGUUUCUUCAAUACCCCACUUUCUUCCAGCCGUACUUUUGCUAGGAGAAACAAGAAAUACUUUGCUACACCACCUUCCAGAGCAGGAUUCUAAUAAGUGAAUUUAUAUUUGUUAUACUAUAACAUAAGUCAUAACUGCACAGAAAUUUGUUUAACUUGAUAUUUAAUGAUAUAUGUUUAUAUGUAUUUUUUUUUGUAAAUAUGCUUAUAUAUACAAUAAACAUUUCUAACUUUGUAUUUUG